ACUCAUUAUGCCAGGCAUCCACUAAGUGCUUGACCCACUUUAUCUCAUGUAAUCCUUAAAACAACCUAGGGGACGGGAGUUAUCAUCAUCUCCAUUUUGUAGGGAAAAGCAUGGCAGAGCCUAGACUAACAAAAGAGUUUUUAUCCUUGGCUAUGAGAAGCCAGGUAAGAAAACGAAAAGGUCCUUCUCAAACAGGGACGGUGGGAUAGGAAAGACUUGGAUUUUGGAGAAUGAGAGAUGAAGGCAAACUUUGUUUCUAAGAAUAGGCCUCCUAAGUGUUUGAGCCAAAAACUUCAUAAACACAAAAACACCUCUGAGAUCCUAUUCUGUCUAAAGGGCCACGACUUAGAUGGAAGGUACCUUGUCAAGUAAGUCUAACUCCUGUGUAGGAACCGUGUCCUUUGUCUUAUCACUGUCUACCCAGAUUCUGGCACUCUGCCCGGCAAAUAGUGCGUGCUCAAACUGUUGUUGAAUGAGAGAAUUUUCACCUUGUCAUUCAACAUUCACUGGAACCUGGGGCAAUGCAUUCCGUUUCCCCUCCCCCACACCCACACUUCAGUUUCCCUAUCUUUACAUUAGAGCAGGCUGGAGCUCAUUAACUCAUUAUAUAUUAAGGUGAAUAUGCCAUUACACAGGAAAAUUACCUAGGGCAAAGGUAGGGAGACUUUAGUGGCUAAGGGGAGUGUCUCUACCGGCCCGGGGUGGGCACUCGUUUUUUUUUUUUUUUUGAUACGCUGAGUCUUAUCGUUUGGCAAUCUAUGCAGAAAAGGGCAGAAGACUGGUUUCAAAUUCCUUAAGACAGGUUCCUUCACCAUCUAAAGGCACUGGAGUUCUUGAUACGGAAAUGCUCCCAUAGAGAUGUCUUCGUCCAGGACACCGCCCUUAAAAUUAGACAGAGGAAGACUCCCUUCUCCUUGAAGGUGCUUGACAAGCCUUGUCCCCAAAGGGGGUGGAGGUAGAGAAAGAAUGCGCCCACACCUCGCACGUCUGCCCGAGUACAGACUGGCAAGCGGCAGAGGCGCGCAGACCUCUUGUCAUUUUUUCAUUUUUCUUUCCACUGGGUGCGCUGUCCCUUUAAAUGGGGACGCUGGUGCUGGCUCCGUAACACGGGAGCCGGCAGCUUGUUGAUUUCAGAGCUGGUGAAUUUCACAUUGUUUCCACUUCACUUUCCUCGCCAGGGGGGAGGCUCCGGUUGGCGCUACGACCGCUGUCGCCGCUGUCAGCGAGGGCCAGGGGAGGGCAAGGACCUGCAGCAUCGGGACCGGCGUGGGGGCGCAGGCGAGGGUGUCGGGGCCACACACGCACCCUCGCUGCAGUCCAGCUCCUCCCGAAGCCGGGACGCCCGGAGCCGGGACCGCCCGCCUAGACGCCAGCCCGCCCGCGGCCCGGGGCCACAGCCAGGGAACCGGCGAGGGGAGGAGGCCCAGGGGGGCGGGGUGGGGGGCGGGGGUGGGUGCUGCCGCCGCCGCGGAGCUGCUACUCGGCGCGUUUUGCAUGAAGAUGGCGGCUCCCACCGCCAGCAAGGCAGCCUCCCUGGGCUGUAACAACAAGCCUACGUUCCCGGAGCUGGAUUUCAGGUCGGGAGCCCGGGUGGAGGAAUUGAACAAACUCAUCCAAGAAUUCACGAAGCACGACCAGCGGGAAUACGACGACCAGAGAGCGCUGGAGAUUCACACAGCCAAGGAUUUCAUCUUUUCCAUGCUGGGAAUGGUGCAAAAGCUGGACCAAAAACUUCCAGUGGCCAAUGAGUACCUGUUGCUCUCUGGAGGAGUCCGGGAAGGCGUGGUGGACCUGGACUUAGAUGAGCUUAAUGUCUAUGCCCGGGGGACCGACUAUGAUAUGGACUUUACCCUUCUGGUGCCAGCCCUUAAGCUACAUGACCGUAAUCAGCCUGUGACACUUGAUAUGCGCCACUCAGCCUUGUGUCACUCUUGGCUGAGCCUUAGGCUCUUUGAUGAGGGGACGAUCAGUAAAUGGAAAGACUGCUGCACGAUUGUAGAUCACAUCAAUGGUGCCACCAACUACUUCUUCUCCCCAACCAAAGUGGCUGACUGGUUCUAUGACUCCAUCAGCAUUGUCCUAUCAGAGAUACAGAAGAAACCCCAGCGAGGGAUGCCAAAGGUGGAAAAGGUAGAAAAGAAUGGGACCAUCAUCUCCAUCAUUCUGGGUGUGGGGAGCAGUCGCAUGUUGUACGAUAUUGUCCCUGUGGUGUCUUUUAAAGGUUGGCCCGCAGUGGCUCAGAGCUGGCUCAUGGAGAACCACUUUUGGGAUGGGAAGAUCACCGAGGAAGAGGUCAUCAGUGGGUUUUACUUGGUGCCUGCUUGCUCCUACAAGGGUAAGAAGGACAACGAAUGGCGGCUGUCCUUUGCCAGGAGCGAGGUGCAGUUGAAGAAGUGCAUCUCUAGCAGCCUCAUGCAGGCCUACCAGGCCUGCAAAGCCAUCAUCAUUAAACUCCUGUCCCGGCCUAAGGCUAUCAGUCCCUAUCACCUGCGCAGCAUGAUGCUCUGGGCCUGUGACAGACUUCCUGCCAACUACUUGGCUCAAGAAGACUAUGCAGCCCACUUUUUGCUGGGCCUCAUCGAUGACCUUCAGCACUGUCUGGUCAAUAAGAUGUGCCCCAAUUAUUUCAUCCCUCAGUGCAACAUGCUGGAGCACCUGUCAGAGGAGACGGUCAUGCUCCACGCGCGGAAGCUCUCCUCGGUCCGCUCAGACCCGGCCGAGCACUUGCGCACCGCCAUUGAGCACGUCAAGGCAGCCAACAGGCUGACGCUGGAGCUCCAGAGGCGAGGGAGCACCACCAGCAUCCCCUCCCCGCAGUCCGACGGAGGGGACCCCAACCAGCCUGACGACCGUUUGGCCAAAAAACUGCAGCAGCUAGUGACUGAGAACCCGGGGAAGUCCAUCUCUGUCUUUAUUAACCCUGAUGAUGUCACAAGGCCUCAUUUCAGAAUUGAUGAUAAAUUUUUCUGAGCGUUUUACUGCCUUUUGUUUUUUUCCUGGUUCUGAAACUCUCAUAAAGUCUCGUGUGGUUUGUGAUGCUGUCUUUCCGUUUUUUACGUAUCCAGCCUAGAUUGGAUCUGUUAAGAACACCUUUUCAGUUUCCUGGUUCUGCAGGCUCUGAAACAGUAUAUUACUAUUUCAUAUUCUGCCUCUGGUUUUGUCGUUUACUUUUUGUAGUUAUUGUCGCAUAGUUUGUUUUUGUUUUUGUUUUUGCUUUUUAAGGAGAACUUGAGCCAUAGAUGGAAAUGCCCAUGAAUUCUCUUCUUUUUUUCUGUUUCAUACUUUGUGCAAAUUUGUUAAUGGGGAUCGGGAAAUGAGUCUCUGACACUUCAAGAUUCUACUGUUUUUUGUUUUGUUUUUGUCCUUAUUUUUGUAGUGAGCUGUCAUCACUACAGAUAUUUGAGAAUCAUCUGAACCUAAGAACUACCUGGUAUGUUAGCUGGAUUUCUUUCUUUUGACCAGUGCCCAGAGCAUUUUUACCCCUUUCCACCAAACAACGUAGACUUUGAAAGUCAUAAUGCUACAAACUGUGUUUUGGAGUAACUUCAUUGAAUAUAAUUGUCCUCAACUCAGAACUUCAGAUGGUUUGGACGGUGCGUUUGACAACUUUCCAAACAGAAUUAAGGUUUCCAAAUGGUAGUUUUAGCGUGUGUAAUGAUUUGAAGCCUUAUUUAAAUCCUAUUAAAGAACAUACCAUUAUAAUUGUUAUUUGCACUAAUGAAAUCUUUGCCAUUGUCAGAGUUCCAAUGUAUGUGUUUCAAUAUAAAUUGACAUCCACUGUUGAAAUGUUGUCAUUUUUUCAUUUAGCCCAUUUCUCUCAAUCAAUAGAAUGAUUCUUUGCACUUGUUUAGUUCUCCUUUAAUUGUGGGGUCCUGUUUUGCCCUCUUAGAUAUUCCUGGUUCCUGUUUUACUGAGAGAAGUUUUUUAAGCUUUAAACCUGCUAAGUGACUUCAUCAGAAGCUGGGGAAAAUAUAUACUUGAUAGAGUAGGUGUGUUUGUGUGUAUUUCUUUUGGGGUUAUAGAAGUAAGCUUUUUUGUAAAGUCUCUUUGCGUCUACUGAGAGUUUUGAGGAAAACUGGCAGGAAGAACUUAGAAUCGCCCAAUGGAAGAUACCAUGCCUGUUCAAAGGCAGGUUUUGCUAUAGAGCAGGAACCAGAACUAUCUGUGGAUGGGCCUUGGUGUGGAUCUGUCCUGUCUUCAUGAAUGAAUUUACUUGCCAGGCUUAGGUGCCACCAGGCAUUGGCUCCCUGUUUUGGUACAGACUCAUGGCAAACUGUGGUGUUUGAGAGAUCGGGGGCCUGCCGAUAACUCAAAUGAUGCCCAUGAUGUCUACUAUUGGAAAGGUCAAGCAACAUUUUGAUUUGGAUCUUGAAUGUCCAGACUCACAGGUUGGAUUUUGGCCAAUUGAAAUCAGGCAUAUGCGAUCUUGGGUUAUUGCAUGGGAAUUAAUGUAAUGCUUAUAAAUGAAAAUGAAAUCAUUCAACCAUCUUAAGUCAAACACAAAAAUAAUAAUAAAAGAAACAUACUGGC